AACACACGGGCCCCACCUAAGCAGCAGAACUCCACUCCAAAUCUGCGACGGUCACUUCACCAAGCUGCGCAGCCAUCGUCUUCGCCGCCGACCAGACAACCAUGAUUUACGUCGAAGACCGUCCUCUGACCACCCCCGAGACCUCAUCUAAGGGCAACGAGAUCUUGCCCUUUCUACUCGAACAUCCGAUGCUGAUCGCUGCUUCAAAUCGCCUCAAGGAGACGCCGGAGGAAAUGGUUUCCUUUUCAGAAGAGUCGCCGCCAGCCAAGUACGUGUACGUUUUCCAGCGAGAGUAUGCGACCGUCGAUCCCUCAGUCGUGGAGCGGGAGUUUGGAUCUAUCGUGGACAUGGAGCAAUGAUUAGGUGUUGAGUUCAGACGACCAAACAUUCUUGAUAGUUUCUGGUAAUGCUGCUUGCUAGGGUUGAUAAUUAUGCCAGGGAUUUGAAACUUCGUCGUCAUAGAUCGAAAUUUAGUCGACAAUAGGUUGAAAUGGAUUUGAUCAGAGGCAAAGAUGAAUUGCGUAAUGUUAGUUCGAUUCAA